UAAUUCAUUAUUUAUCUUCAAACUAAAAAUCCAAAUAUUAUCUUUAAAAGAUAACCAAAUUUUCUCAGAAUCUUUUCUGUUGCGACGCAAAUUUUGCGUUCUUAUCUGUUAGUGCUGUGUAUAUAUAUAUAUAUAUAGAGAGAGAGAGACACUUGGCUUCCUAUUCACAGUAUCUUUGGCAUAGAGUUGUUUUUAUCUCUGUACCCUGUUCUGUUUUUGAUUUUCUUAUUUGGGUCCUGUGAUUUGUGAAGAAAGUGAGGGAAAAUUAUUUUGUGAGAUGGAUAUUGAUCUUUCACCCAAAUUGGCCAAGAAGAUUUACGGAGGUGAUGGUGGGUCAUACUAUGCUUGGGCUGCUUCUGAACUUCCUAUGCUACAAAAGGGUAAUAUCGGUGCUGCUAAACUUGCUUUAGAGAAGAAUGGGUUUGCUCUUCCUCAUUACUCUGAUUCUUCCAAGGUUGCUUAUGUACUCCAAGGAAGUGGUGUGGCUGGAAUAGUACUUCCUGAAUCUGAGGAGAAGGUAAUUGCAAUCAAGAAGGGUGAUGCAAUUGCCCUUCCAUUUGGUGUUGUCACAUGGUGGUUCAACAAGGAGGACACAGAGCUGGUAGUUCUUUUCUUGGGCGAUACUUCUAAGGCUCACAAGGCUGGUGAGUUUACUGACUUCUUUAUUAAUGGAUCCAAUGGGAUUUUCACUGGAUUCUCUACUGAAUUUGUGAGUAGAGCAUGGGAUUUGGAAGAGAACGUAGUCAAGUCCCUUGUUGGUAAACAAACUGGUAAAGGAAUUGUCAAGCUUACUGGAAGUGUUAAGAUGCCUGAGCCGAAGAAGGAGCACCGUGAUGGAAUGGCCCUGAAUUGUGAGGAAGCUCCACUGGAUGUUAACAUUAAAGAUGGUGGAAGGGUUGUAGUGUUGAACACUAAAAACUUGCCUUUGGUUGGUGAGGUUGGACUUGGGGCUGACCUUGUUAGGUUGGAUGGAAGGGCCAUGUGUUCUCCUGGAUUUUCUUGUGACUCUGCACUGCAGGUGACUUAUAUUGUUAGGGGCAGUGGCCGUGUUCAAGUUGUCGGUGUUGAUGGCCGCAGGGUAUUGGAAACAACUGUGAAGGGGGGUAAUUUGUUCAUUGUUCCUAGGUUCUUUGUUGUUUCAAAGAUUGCUGAUCCAGAUGGUUUGGAAUGGUUUUCUAUUAUCACCACUCCCAAUCCAAUUUUCACUCAUUUGGCUGGAAGGACUUCAGUGUGGAAGGCUUUGUCUCCUGAGGUGCUCGAGGCUUCCUUCAAUGUGCCCUCUGAUACAGAAAAACUGUUCCGAUCAAAGAGGCUCAAUGCUGAGAUUUUCUUCCCUCCAUCAAACUAGAUACAACGUUACUACAUCAGCUAGCUAUUCCAUCCCAAUAAAGGCUUAGUCUUCUUCAGGAAGACCAACUGUUCUUGCUCUAUAAAAGGACUGGUUUAGUUUACGGUUGCAUUUGGGUUUAAGAAGUUCAUUUGCUGUGUGCUUUCUUUGUAAAUGACAAUUCUGCAUAAUGGGUUGUUUAAUUGAACUUUUCAUA